CAUCUGCCCUAUCAGUCGGACGUUGAUUAUGUACUCCGAUGGACUGUUUUAUUGUUAAUUCUGUGGUUACGCUUUCGAAAAAAUGUUGGUGAAUGGUGAUCCUCUACCACAAGUACCUGGUUGGCGUGGAGAGUGCUCAAAUUUCCAAUGGACGCCACCCGUGCAAAACAUUUGCGAUUAUAACUCUUGUAAUGUGAUUGGUGAUUAUUCGAAUCAGCGCUAUCUGGCUGACUAUUACGUUCGUGAUCCCGGAAUCCAAUACUUUUGUCCAACCGUAAACAAUGUUCAGCCCAGUGUCCCGGUAAAUGUAUGUUACCCACAAAAGCCUGCUCCACAGUUCAUGCAAGCAUUGCCUUGCCGCCAGACUCAAGAAUGGGAUUACGAUAGUAUGUGCUACAAUGUUGGCGGUGAACCAUGUCAGUUUACCAGUGUUGUUGAUUUGGAGGAUUUCAUGAAUAAUGAAAAGAGGAAGGAGAAAUCUCGGGUGGCGGCGCGGUGUCGACGUACUAAGGAGAUGCAGAUAUUUAACGAGCUGACUGCAGCACUACCUGCCAAGAAGGAGGAGGUGGAACAGCUUGAUAAGGCAUCAGUGAUGCGACUGGCUAUCUCCUACCUUCGCGUGCGUGAUGUUGUGUCUAUGCUACCGGCUGACACUGAUGCGCCGACGCUGCAAAGCCCCAAAGGUCUGGAGGAGGUGCAAUCUGAACUGUCCUAUAUGAAGGCCCUGGAUGGCUUCGUUCUGGUGCUCUCUCAGCAGGGCGAUAUCGUGUACUGUAGCGAGAAUAUUGCAGAACACCUGGGAGUAUCACAGAUGGAAAUAAUGGGCCAAAGCGUCUUCGAAUUCAGUCACCCCUGCGACCAUGACGAGAUACGAGAAGCGUUGCGUGCCUCCAAAGUGGGAAAGCGGGACAUGCUACUGCGACUCAAAUGUACCAUAACGGCAAAAGGGAGAAAUGUGCAUUUGAAAUCAGCUUCGUAUAAGGUAAUUCACCUAACUGGCCACAUGCUGACAGAAGAGAAACCCGAAAAUGAGAUUGAUAAAAAAGAUGGCGUUAAGUUAAAUAAAAAUGGCGCUUUGGUGGCGGUGGGGCGGCCAAUACCCCACCCGUCGAAUAUUGAAAUACCACUUGAUAGUAAGACGUUUCUUACUAAACAUAAUCUGGAUAUGAAGUUCACGUAUACGGAUGAAGGAUUAAUGAAUACUCUUGGCUUCGACGCUGGCGAUUUAAACGGGCGUUCCCUAUAUGAUUAUCAUCACGCAGCCGAUAGUGCAUCAUUGGCUCAUCAAUUUAAAUCAUUGUUCUCAAAGGGGCAAUGCGAAACCGGGCAAUACCGUUUCCUGGCGAAGACUGGCGGCUACGCCUGGGUCCAAACCCAGGCCACUGUCAUCACAGACAAACAGCAGAAGCCCAUCAGCGUCGUCUGCGUCAAUUACGUAAUCAGCGGUAUCGAGUGCAAAGAUGAAGUAUUCGCUGCACACCAAGUGCAGCCUGCGGACCUAAAACCAGUUGUGACACCAAUCGCGACUAGUAUAGCCACUGCGCCUAGCUGUGUAUCUGAACCGGCUAACGGCGCCAUAGUGGCUGCAAUCCUCCCGGAGGAGGAACGCCCAAUACCUGUCACAGAGCUCAUUUUCGCCCCAAGAGAGAAAGAAAUGAACAAAGGCUAUCUCACGUUCUCCCAAAACGAGGGAUUUACAAGUGAGUGGAACUUGAAACGCGACAGCUUAGUGCUAAAAGACGAGCCCGAGGAUCUGACACAUUUGGCUCCCACGGCUGGUGACACUUGUAUUCCCUUGGAAAACAGUCCUUUUGAUAUGUUUGACGAGUUUAUAUUGAACGAUAAUUAUUGUAGUCUACUCGGCGAUGAUCUAGCAAAUGGAUCACCCGUAGAUUCUUUGAUAGCAGACUCUUUGCUGUCAUCUCCUGAACGUCAGGAAAAUGAAUCAACCGGCGAACAGUCUUCAUUAUUAACGGAAUUAUCGUUGGAUGCGUAUGACAGCGCAAGGUCGGACAAUGAUAUUGACGAUGGCAACUCUCCAUUCAUUCCGAUCAAUGAUGACUUACCGAUUCUGGAACCGGCAGUCAUGUGGGGUGCUUUACCAGACAGUGUCAGACAGGCAAGACCCCAGCCAUCGGAGCCGCAGACGUCAGCACCGGCGUUACAGCGUUUGCUGGCCGCUCCCCCUACCGGACCACCUCCACAAGAUCUCAUCACAAAUAUUUAUUCAGAUCCAGGACUUAUACCAAAUAAGAGUAUAUCCACAUGGGACACCGGUGUAAAGAGGGUUCUUAAACAAGAGGAAGAGCCCUGCUCGAAGCGGGCAAAGCGUAGCCCCUCCCCCGCUCCCGCGCCCACCUCACAAUCAUCAUCGAGCGUCCUCAUGAACCUUCUGGAUAUGGAACGGGCGAGGCAAGAGAGGAUUUCAACAAAUUAUCGUCUUGUCCCAAAUCCACAAUUAUCCGUCUCGAACAGAAAUAUCCCGAUUCCUGUCAUAAACAUAAUACAAGCGAAUAAACAGGGCGCACAUGCCCCAAUUAUACGCUCAACCCAAAGUGCUCCGAUGUCUCCAUUGAGUCUUAAUAUAGGCCAGUACUCCAUGCCAUGCAGUCCGAAUUACAGCCCCGUUGGUAGUCCAAUGAAAGUUCAUUCCACGCCUCAGUCGCUAUCUCCUGCGAGUAGCUACACCUUCAGCCCCGGUAGAAUGGUGUCUCCAACUGGUGCGCUACAAGGCUACGACCCGUACCUAUCAAAUAAAAUGCAAGUCAGCCCUGGAUUCCCCAUGCAAACCGAAAUGCUUCUUGAUCCAAACGUAGGCCUCGUAUCCAAUGACUUUUGGCCAGAUACGGACGUAAUUCAAAACACUAGCGAUCUUCUGACUGCUUUUGAUGAUGUAAAAUUAGUUUAAGACGAAAAUGGCGUGUGAUCUCUAUUGGGUUUGUGUGGAAUGCAUUUUCAGUUUACACAAACAUUCCAAUGUACUAAAGCCAUGAUGAGAGGGCCAUUUUAACUGUAGGAUUUAUAUCAAGCAAUGUUGUAUGAAGUUAAUGCAUUUCUAUAGCAAUAUUUUGACCUUCAUACAUUCUCUUAGUGGUCUUCUCAUCGUGUCUCCAGUAAAUAGAUGUCACUUGAUUGUGGGAGGGUCGUAAUAUGCUUCCGAAACCAAAAUGGGUUCCACCUAUAAUAUCUUGGCACAAAGAUAAAAUCUAUACGUUUUGAAAAAAAUAUAAAUUUCUUACAUUAAUGUGGAACUUUUUUUGGUUGUAAAAUAAUUUAAGAUAAGUACAUAGUAGAAUACUAUAUAUUGUAAGCAAGGUACACCGGCGAGACCGUAUAUUUAUGACUCAGAAAAUAUAUUAAAAUGUACUAAAAAAAAUAAUAAAAUUAAAAAAUCCAAUGGGACAUAUUUGUUGGAAUCGUUGGAAGCGCUCGUGUUUUAUUCCCGGCAUUGAUAGUUUCCGGCUAAAGGCCGAUCAUUUACUGGCUUAUAUAAAUGCCCGAUUAGUCCCUCAGCCCUUA